UUUACGCGUGGAGCGGAUCGUCACGUUUUGGGACUGAAUAAACGACUUUUUUUUUGUUGGUGUGUGAACUGAACAUGAUUUGUCGGAACUGGCUGCCACUAUUCCAUCCUGCAGAGACGUUAUAGGAUGUGUGCUUUGAUUAAGCUUAUUCAGUAAAUUUAAAAAAAGCCUCCACUCCGCCUCCGGGGCCUCGGCACAAUCACUUCAUCAGGUUACACGCCGCGAGCGCGCAGCUCCGUGACUGCACUCAUUCCCUUAAGCCUGCUGAGCCGGGAGGGCGGAUGAGUUCGAAAUUCGCGGUCAGCAUCUUUUCUCUUUCCUGAGUAGUUCGGCACUUUGGUUGGAUUGUUUUAUUGAGCACACCGGGAGCCAUCACCGUCACCGAUCUCCACUCGAAAGUCUUCGCGAAAUGAAACUUGUCAUCCAGGCUGCGGUGGCGCUUUAUCUGCUGCUCUCACCUGCACAGAGUCUUCCCUUGUCGAGCAUAAGCAAUACAACUGAAGUGUUGAUGUUCCAAGAAGUUUGGGGCCGCAGCUUCUGCCGGACCAUUGAGAAGCUGGUGGAGGUGGUGCAGGAGUACCCGUCAGAGGUGGAGCACAUCUACAGCCCCGCCUGUGUGCCCCUGGUGAGGUGUGCAGGUUGCUGUGGGGAUGAAAACCUGGAGUGCCAUCCCACUCACACCUCAAAUGUCACCAUGCAGCUGUUGAAAAUCAGGCCAUCAGAGCCGGGUCAAGAAUAUGUUGAGAUGACGUUUGUGGAGCAUCAGACAUGUGAAUGUAGAGUCAGGAAAGCUAUUGCGAAUGUUGUAAGGAAAAGGCAAAGAGGAAGAGGAAGGAAGAAAAAGGAGAGACAGAAAACGAAAGAAUGUGACAGCUGCCAGAUUCCACGCAGAUAACUGCCGUGUGGCUCACUAUUUAUUUCCAACCCGCUGUCAGCAUCCAGAGUCUCCUCGCUGUCUGCAGCCAGAGGCUCAAACAGCUGGCUUGUUCUGCUGACCCGUCGUCCUGCCGAAGGGCAGAGCGUUGAUAACGACGAGCUUCAACCGGAAGUGUGUUUUGAUUGGUGGAGGAGACGCUGCUGUCACACCUGACACAACGGACAUCCCUGGGAGCCAGUGCAAUGUCGACCCGAGCAGACCGACGCCUUCUCUUUUAUACUCGUUAUUACUGUAUCAGUUAAUGUCAUUUGGUCAUUUCGUUGGUAUUUAAAGAUGGUUACACUUUAAUUUUCUUUUUUUUACAUCUAUAUUUAUUGAUACAGCUGAAUAUAUUUGGACUAGCAACCUUUCAAAAGUUUGUCAUUUUUUUGUUAUCUCCAUUAUCUAAGACACCUUGACUUGUCAUAGCAACACGUUGGACUGAGUGUGCAGCUGCUUUGCACACGCAACAAUGAAAUGUCUCCCUCUAGUGUUCAAAGAAACCACGUUCAAGACUGCUCUGGAAGGAAGUGUUCUUCUUCUUUUUUAGAUCAGUUAUACAAAUAAGGUUAGAUUUAGGACAUCAUUGUCAGCACAAUCACUUCAUCAGCUUAUUGGACUCUUGUACGAUCACUAUUAUGGAGGUAACUGAAUGAAUCCCUCCGUAGAGAAGUGUGACCAGGCAUAUAUAUUAAGUGUUUUUCAUCAAAUCAAAUAAGAACAAUACGGAUUAGAGAAAUUUGGCAACUGAAGACGAGUCCACAGAAGAUUGAGAAUGAAUAAAUAAGAAGAAGAAGAAGAAUAACUACUUGCAUUGUCAUAUUACAUCUAGUUAUAUACAUAUAUGGAAUGUAUUCUCAAUGAUGUAUCAGAUUGUCUAUGUAUCAACACAUCUAAAUGGUUGUUUGAAAUCUAUCUCUUUUUCUCUAUUGUUCUGGGGAGUUGGAUCACAUCAGAUUUCAUCAGUUUAUUUCAACUCACACCAGGAAGUGUGUUGUAGACUGCAGAUUUGGACGUGGCAAGCCGGAAUGGGCAGAUCAAUACUCCAAUAACCAAUUCACUAAUUUGGUGAUGAAUGUGUGUUGCCUUAUUUUACUGGGAUUAAAAGUUUCUCACAGACA